AUGAAGCUCCUCCUCCUCCUCAGUCUCCCCGCCGCCGCCUUCGCCGCGUCCUGCGGCGGCGAGUUCUCGCUCUGCGCCGACGGGAGCUGCGCGCUGACGAACCGCUCCUGCGGCCGCUGCGCGCCCGGCGCCUACGCCUGCCCGCUCUCCGCCACGGCCUGCGUCGCCGGCCUCGCGGCCUACGAGAGCUGCCCCGGCCUCGACGGCACCUACCUCGACGCGUCGCUGCCCGAGGCCGACCGGCUCGCGUGGCUCGCGGACAACGUGCCGCUCGAGGACAUGAUCGGCCAGCUCGUGAACGCCGCGCCCGCCGUCGACGCCGUGGACCUGCCGGCCUACAACUGGCUCAACGACAACGAGCACGGCGUCAAGGGCACGGCCCACGCGACGGUCUACCCCAUGGGCGCGUCCCUCGGCGCGUCGUGGUCCGUCGACCUCGCGUGGCGCGUCGGCGCGGCGAUCGGCAACGAGUCGCGCGCGACGCACAACGGCCUCGCGGACAAGUCGGGCAACGCCUGCGGGUCGACGUCGACGGGCGAGGUCGUCGCCAACGGCUGCGGCAUCACGCUCUACGCGCCGAACGUCAACCUCGUCCGCGACCCGCGCUGGGGCCGCGCGGAGGAGGUCUACGGCGAGGACCCCCACCUGACGGCCGAGCUCGCCGUGGGCAUGGUCACGGGCCUCCAGGGCAACGCCGAGGGGUCGACGUCGGGGCCCGGCGGCGGGCCCCUCGUCACGGGCGCCUGCUGCAAGCACUUCGCAGCGCACUUCGCCGUCUACCAGAACGAGGACCUCCCGGCGGACCGCAUGGUCCUCGACGCGAACGUGUCGAGCCGCGACCUCUGGGAGACGUACCUGCCCGUCAUGAAGGCCUGCGUCGUCCGCGCCAAGGCCACGCACGUCAACGGGAAGCCGACCUGCGCGCACCCGGAGCUGCUCAACGACGUCCUGCGGGAGAGCUGGGGCUUCGACGGCUUCGUGGUCUCCGACUACGACGCCUGGAGCAACCUCGUGACGACGCACAAGUACGUGUCGACGUGGGAGGAGGCCGCGGCGGCGGGCAUCAACGCGGGCAUGGACCAGGAGGGCGGCUUCGGGGACUACUCGCCCGUCGACGCGCUGCCGGAUGCCGUGCGCAACGGCACCGUCGCAGCGGCGACGGUGCGGCGGAGCUUCGAGCGGCUCAUGCGCGUGCGCCUGCGCCUCGGCAUGUUCGACCCGCCGGCGUCGACCGCGGUCUACGGCGAGGCCUACCAGUGCGACUACCAGUGCGAGACGGCCGCGAAGCUCGCGCUCGCGCGCGAGGCCGCGCGCGAGGGCAUCGUGCUCUUCAAGAACGCGGGCGGCGCCCUGCCGCUCGCCAAGGGCGCGCGGAUCGCGCUCGUCGGGCCGCAGGUCGACGACUGGCGCGUGCUUUUGGGCGCCGUGAACUACGCCUUCGAGGACGGCCCGGACGUCGCGCCCGUGACCAUCCAAAAGGGCCUCGAGGCCGUCGCGAACGUGUCCGUCGCCGCCGGCUGCGACUCCGUCGCCUGCGCGGCCCUCGUCGACGUCGACGGCGCCAAACGCCUCGCCGCGGCCGCGGACGCGACGGUCGUCGUCCUCGGCGACUCCUUCGGCGCGACGGACGGCUGGCCCCUCUGCCGGGGCACGCGCGACGACGGCUGCGAGAGCGAGUCCCACGACCGCGCGACGAUCGAGCUCCCCGGCGAGCAGGUCGCGCUCGUCGCGGCACUCAGGGCCGCGAGCUCCCGCCUCGUCUGCGUGCUCGUCCACGGCGGCGCCGUCGCGCUCGGCGCCGCCGCGGACGACUGCGACGCCGUUUUGGACCUCUGGGUGCCCGGCCAGAUGGGCGGCGCGGCUCUCGCGGACGUGCUCUUCGGCGACUACUCGCCCGCGGGCCGGUCGCCGAUCACCAUGUACGCGGCGACGUCGGACCUGCCGCCCAUGGGCGUCUUCGACGAGUACGCCGGCGAAAGCUCCAACGGGACGACCUACCGCUACUACGCGGGGCCCGCGCCGACCUACGCGUUCGGCGACGGGCUCUCCUACGCGUCCUUUUCCUACGCCUGGGCCGCGGCGCCGCCGACGACGGUGGACGCCUGCGGCGCCAUCCGCCUCCGCGUCGCCGUGACGAAUACGGGGUCCGUGGCGAGCGACGAGGUCGUGCAGGUCUACGCCCGCGUCCCGGACGCGACGGUGCCCGCUCCGGCGAUCCGCCUCGUCGCCUUCGACCGCGUCCGCGCGAUCGCGCCGGGCGCGACGGCGACCGUGGAGCUCGUCGUCGCUCCUGAAAGCCACGCCGUCGUCUACCCCGUCGCGGACAGCGUCUACGUCGAGCGCCGCGCCGUCGAACAGGGCGCGCUCGUCCUCUCCGUCGGCGGCUCGCAGCCGGGCCGCGGCGCGACGCUCGCCGCGACCGUCGCCGUCGCGUCGACGACGCUCCUCGCCGACUGCUGA